GGCUAGCAGCGAGAAAACCAAUGAUUAAACGCAUUGAGCGCGUUAAACCAAUAUCUCCGCGUUAAUGGAAGUUUUACUGUUUAUUUGGGUCAGCCUUUUCUAAGACCGCGCGCCAGUCUUCGCGCGGGCUACACGGCGGACGGGUUUCCCGCUCUUGACUUUGACAGUUUUGACACUUCGUUUGGCGGGAAAACUACCAUAGACAACGCGGCGCCCAGUGAAAUUUAGUUUUAAUUUCCGGUCAAAACACAUGGAAGUGUAGAAACGGCCGUUAUUUUUUUGGCUAUCGGUGAUUUUUUUUAAACAUGAUCAGUGAUAAGAUUGGAUUUAUUGUUGAAAGGAAGGAGAAAGAAAAGUGCGGCUACGACAAUGCGGGGUUCAUGUAUACGGAGAAGGAAAAAGUCUCGAGUAAGCGCACAGACGGGAUGGCGAACAUUGGCGUGUCCCAUGAUGUGCUGGUGGAGUCCCGUGACACCGGUCGCAAGCUGCCGCAGUACAUUGCUGCGCUAGCAGCGACCCUGGGCGCGCUCGCGGCCGGUACCAUGCUGGGUUGGUCGUCGCCCGUCAUCUUCAAGAUCAAGCAGGAGAACAGCACCGACUACGACUUCUCAGUCUCCGAGUCGCAGGGUGACUGGGUCUCCUCCAUGGUCAACCUCGGCGCUGCGGCGGUUUGCUUCCCCAUAGGCCUCAUAAUGGACUCUAUAGGCCGGAAGAAAACCAUGUUGUGCCUAGUAAUACCCUUCACUAUCGGCUGGCUGCUGAUCAUCUUCGCUUCGAACAUAGGUAUGCUGAUGGCCGGUAGAUUCAUCACCGGCAUAGCCGGAGGAGCCUUCUGUGUCACCGCGCCGGCGUACACUAGCGAAAUCGCACAGGACUCCAUCAGAGGAACGCUCGGAAGCUUCUUCCAACUGAUGAUAACUGUCGGUAUCCUAUUCGCCUACGCCGUAGGAAGCUACGUGUCGGUACUAGUGUUCAACGUUCUCUGCGGCUUAAUCCCUAUCAUCUUCGGCGUGGUAUUUUUCUUCAUGCCAGAGAGCCCCAACUUCUUAGUCGUAAAGAAUCGCCCCGACGAAGCGCGCGACGCCUUAAUCCGACUGCGCGGCAGGAACUACGACGUCGACACGGAGUUGAACAACAUGCGAGCGAAGGCCGAAGAGUCGAGAAACAACCCAGUGUCUUUUACCAACGCUAUAACUAAGAAGACUGCGUUGAAGGCUCUACUGAUCUGCUACUCGCUAAUGUUACUCCAGCAACUGUCCGGAAUCAACGCCGUGAUCUUCAACACGUCGGACAUCUUCUCGGCGGCCGGCGCGGCCAUCCCGGCGGCCAUCGCCACCAUCAUCAUCGGCAUCAUCCAGGUGGUCGCCACCCUCACGUCCAGUCUCGUGGUCGAUAAACUCGGCCGACGAAUCCUUCUGCUCCUGUCCGCACUGGUCAUGUGCGUGUGCUCGACCGCUCUGGGCGUAUUCUUCUUCUUGCAAGCGGUUCAUGGAGCGGAGGCGGCGAUAGUGCAGCAGAUCUCGUGGCUGCCUCUGCUGGCGCUGUCCCUUUUCAUUAUAGCGUUCUCGCUCGGAUUCGGACCUAUUCCCUGGAUGAUGGCCGGCGAGCUGUGCACCAUCGAUAUCAAGGCGUUCGUCGGCUCGACCGCGGGUACCCUUAACUGGCUGCUCGCUUUCACCGUGACCAGCACCUUUAAUUCGCUGAACGCUUCCAUCGGCCGAGGACAGGUGUUCUGGCUGUUUGCGGGCAUCAUGUUACUCGGAUUUGUAUUCAUCUUCUUCAUAGUGCCAGAGACCAAGGGCCGUAGUGAGGACGAAAUCCAGGUCCUGCUCGGCGCGGAGCCGCGGCAACGCGUUGAAGAGAAAAAAUAAAUAGACUGAGUUCACUAUUUUGUACUAACUUGAGGCGUUUCGCCGUCGAAGACCACUCCUAGUUUGAAAUAAUUUCUAACCUCGAAAUGCUUUUGGAUGUAUUGAACUAUUCUUAUUAAAAAACAAUCCCAGAUGACUAUGCUAUGUUAAAUAUUUUGUCUCUAAGUGUAAUGGGAAAUAGCAUAUUUAGCUUAAGAAAAUACAUUUUGAGGUUACGAUUUUAUCAGACGUGGGUGGACCUUAGCUUCUUUGGCCAAGAAUGUUUUGAGUGACGUUUAUUUAUUGUGUGCGAGUACCAAAGACUUGUCCCAUUGGCCCCUGCGCCGCGGCCGCUUAAUUAAGUCCGAUGUUGAAUUUAUUUAGUUCUAAAGUAUUUAUUAUAGAAAUAUAUAUUGUAUGUUGUUUGAAUGUUUGGCAGCUUGCUGUUUGUGUCAGUUGUGUGGUGUGUAAUAUGAAAUUUCGUUUGUAAAUUAUUAUUUUCUCUGGUCUUAUUUGGUUGUUACUAGCCUCAAAAAGCAAUACUUUUGUUAAUACAACUAGUUCUUUGUGUGUCACUCAUAGAUAAGAAUAUAGCUGUGUAUAAAUGAGAAAAUAGCUGUUUUAGGCAAUUAUUAGCCAAGGAACGUCCAUUUUGAGGUUAAUUGUGUUUCUAAAUAAGUCAAGUAAAAGAAAAUAGCUUUGAGAACAUUGACAGAGAGCAGAAACCUAUAUGUGUAAUUUUAUUAUACGUGACCCAAUGUUUUAUAUCGAAUUCUACUUAUCUUUAUAAUUAUGAAUACAAAAAACUUAGGUACUGAACGGAUUUAGUAAUAGUUUUUGCGUUAAGCUAAGCUUUAAAAGACCAACGGCAGGCCGUAGGAAUCAUUCCAUACCACCUCGUUGCUACAUCAAGGCGAUAUUGUACUGUACAUCCAUAUCAUCAAAUAUCAAUACAUACACAAAUAUGUUUAAUCAGUAGACCCACUAGUGUUGUAAAUUGUAACAAUGUCGUGCAAAUAAUAAAACCCUAAAAAAAUGCUACGAAAUGUUCAUUGUACUUUUUUAUAUAAAUAUAGAGGAAAGGUGUUGUUAUAAUAAUAUAUUUUGAGAUAAAAUUAUAUUUCAAUUAUGCUAAUAGGAAAAUAUUUAAACCUUAUAGGGUAAUGUAUAGAUGAUUACAAGUGAAUGAUAUUAUAGUUAUGUAAUUUAUAUAAAUAAUAUUAUAAUUAUUUUUUUGUCAGUGUCUAAAUAUUAAAUAAACUGUGUUGCCGCUCUUACCUACAAGUGAAGCAAAACAAAUUAAAAACACGUAUAUGGCGCUAUGGGCACACACCCAACCACCACCUAAAGCGUAGAUUGUGCUCAAAGAGGACUUUUAGUCCUGUAUAUGUUUCACACUAUUGUGCAUUUGAAAAUUUUAACAUGUUGUCAAUGUAAAAAUUAGCCAACGAGUCAAGAUCAACUUUGACUUUUAUUUUACAUUAUUAUUAGUCUUUAUUUUCUUUUUAUCUUACGUAAUUUUUAUCUUGACUCAAUGGCCCAAUUUUAAAAAUAUUUGAUGGUAUGUUUAAGAAUUACUAUUUCAAUCGAUGUUCGUUUUAAUUGUACAAAUGCCAAUACAAUUUGCCAUAGCAACAAUUUAAACACUUGCAAUUUGAAUAUGUAUAAUAUUUUAAAAGUUAUGACGACGAUUUCAUACUUUUGUACUAUGGUUUUAGUUAUUUGCCUAAAUUUUGAGAUUUAUUUGUGAGUUACUUCAGCGUUAAUGUUAAUUUGACUAUACCUGCGUUAGUAGCCGCAUGCUGUGAGUUAAUUUAAUUAGAUGUAAGUUAACUACAAAUUAUUUACAGAAUUAAAAUGUUGAAUAUGAAAU